AUGAACUGCACCAGAGACUUGCAAGAACUUCCAGGUGGGAGAAGGAAGGACAAGAAGAGAUUAGAAAAAGGUCUUUGGGCCUUCGAUGUGAAGAACUCUUUAGUGAUGGAGGUGAUUGAUGCACGAAAGAUAAAGACAGAAGAAGAACUCACAGAGAACAUUGGGCUUCCCCUGUGUGUGCUUGAGAAACACAAUCCUUGGCCAGCCUAUGUGACCUAUAUGUCCCCGAUGGUGAAGAGACUCAUUGAGAAAAGCAAAGCUAGAGAUCUGGAAUAUGCGCAGGCACUAGAGGAAAGCCAACCGUCGUCGAGGCCGAACAAGCUGGCCAGCAUCACGCAGCUGAAAAGGAAAAAGUCGUCUAAGGGCCCUGGAAACUUGAUGUUGAAGGACAUGAGGUCAGAGACCAUGUUAUCAGUGUGGAGCUCCUACUCCGUACCGGCCACAGGUCCCACCACUAUGCCAGAGCCAAGGCACUUCCAUACGGAUUCCAGAGAAAAUCCCACUGCAAGCUAUAACAAGAUCAUCUUCUCUCGAAAACCCAUGAUGAGGCUGCUUCCGUACAGCUCCCUGCUAGUCAGCAAAGAGAAACAUUCAAGUGUUUAG